AUGAGCCACAAAGCUUUUGCAGCAGCUGUCAUGCAGUGUUCUUUGUGCAAGCUGCGUACCCAUCAGUGGUGUUUCCUCUUGUUCAACAUCUUGCUGUUCCACGCACUGCUGUUUGGGGCAGAUUUUGUUGAGGAGUACCUCCUGCAGCCUACCCCUGUGGUUUACACUGAUGGCAUGGUUGCUGAUGUUAGGGAGAAAGCAAGAAAAUUGGACUUGAGCACCAUAAGAGAGAAUGUGUCCCAUGUAUAUCCAAUUUCUAAUUCUGAAGUCUGCAGAAACUCUGACCUCUUCCUCCUCGCUCUGGUCUUCAGCUCUCCUGCUAAUAUCACCCAAAGAGAUGCAGUGAGAAGAACAUGGGGAAAGCAAACAAAAAUUCAAGAUUUUCCCAUUAAGGUACUCUUCUUCACAGUAUCAACUGAGACUUCUACCACACAACAGGAUCUCAUGAGAGAGUCUAAACUUCAUGGUGAUUUGAUCCAAAGCUAUGCCACAGAUGAGUCAUCCCGCUAUGGAGCAAAGAAGAGCACAUUACUGGCUUUUCGCUGGGUAAUCACAUACUGUCCUCUCGCAAGUUUGGUUCUGUUGACUGAUGAGUCUGUAUUUAUAAACCUACCUGCCAUUGGAAGUUACCUGCUGGGGCUUCACAUGCAUCUGGAGGACCUGUAUCUAGGCAGAGUGAUCCAGAGAGAGUCCCCUAACAGGCAUCCCGAUAGUAUACACUACCUGCCCCGCACUCUCUACCCUGACAAGUAUUUACCAGAAUACUGUGAAGGAACAGCCUACGUUGUGUCGCAGGAUGUGGUCCGUAAAGUCUACGUUGCAUCCUCAAUAGUUCGUGCACCCGUCCCGGUCGAUGUUUUUAUAGGUUUCUGUGCUCAGAAAGCCGGUGUCACACCAACCCACAGUGCCAGGUUCUCAGGAGAGAGACACAUCCACUACAAUGCCUGCUGCUACCAACAUUUGUUCAGCUCUGCUGGAAUGGGUAGCCAGGAAUUAGAAAGAGUGUGGGAAGACCUUGAACAAAAAGGUGGAAGAUGCUCAUUGCUGAAGAUAUACUAUGGACUUGUAGCCUGCAAGGUUCGUACAUAUUUGGAUAAAAUGUUAUUAAACAACUCAAAGGGGCAGACUUAA